UCUAACCUGGGCAACAGAGACACGAUAAAACCCUGUCUCAAAAAAAAAAAAAAAAAAAGAAAGAAAAAUUCUGAUUAGUAAAGAAUAUUGGUAAUAGCUACUGGCUAAAAGGUUCUUGGUGGUUGUAUUAAAUUUAUUUACCUUUUUAAAAAUAAGUUUUUCAGUGUCUGCUGUGAUCUGACUUUUAAAGACUGUAUUAUAACAGUAAAUAGUUUUAUUGGAGAAACACUAAUUGAGGUCAGAAUUGUCAUUUUAAAGCACUGAUUAAUGGUGAUGUAUUGGAUACUCAUCAAGUAAAUUAAACAAAUACAGCAUUUCUCCUCCCUCUUUCCUUUUUAGGAUCUUUAAAAUUCACAGCAGACAUUAGACAGGGAAAAUUUAUUCAUUAAUUCAAGAAGUAUUUAUUGCAUGCUUACUAUGUAAAAUAGUCAUGCAUAUUCAUUGCAGUGAUGGAAGUAUAUUUUUCUUGAUAGAAAAGGAAUGCUGUUAUGUAGAGCACUAAGUCAAGGAGAAAAAUUGUCUUUUCUUCAAGAGUUUGGUGUUAUGGUAGAUAAUUCAGUUUCAGAACUGAAGCCUAUCGUAGUAUGUAGUGUGCAUUUUUCUUCUUGCCUAUGUCUUGGUUCUCUACUUACACUUAAAUUUGUCUGUAAUGUGAAUUUGUAUUCUUGAUUUCUAUGCUUGCUUAAUUCUUCAACAUCUGCGCUUCUGAUGUUCAUGUUAUCUGCUUUAAAUCUAAUUCCUUAGGCACUCCAACACCACAUGCAGGCAACAAUUUGACAGUUUCAAAUGUCACUCCUUAAAUGGACAUACAGAAUAGUUGGGCUCAGACAUGAAGGCAAAGUGGACUAAUUGUGUUGCAGAAACGGUACUGAUGCCAGGGAGUUGCCAGUCAGUGCAAGUUGUAAUUGCUCUCUCCUUUUGAAUGGGAAGAAAUGUUGCCCGUUUCUAUCAAGGUUAGGAAGAGCUGAACUGAAACCACACUGGAUUUUUAGGAUGGAAGAAGGGCAUUGGUGCACACAAGUGACAUUUCUCGAAAGCUCUGAGAUGGUCUGUAGGAACACUGAAUUGAUAAAUCAAAUGCUUUGCUUUUAGGGGAAAGAAUUUCAGAAGAUCAAAACCUUCCACUUUGCCCCCUGAAGAAGCCAAGGACCAGAGAUAAAAUUGGGCCUCAUUGAUGUAGUUUCCUUUUGGCAAAGUAAUGACUACCUGACUUUUACUGUUGCCAGCAGAUAAAGCUGCUUCACAGUUGUACAUAAAUGAUCUAUUGGACAUCUCCUAGUUAGUCCUGUGCUACUUAGGCUAGGAGAUGAGUAAUUACCUACUGAAUUUGGGAAAAAUGAGCAAACCAAGUACAUAAUUCAGGUCUUCUGCAGUUCGUGCUGUUUUCCAAAUUGACUGUCAUUAACAGCCCCAGUUUUCCAGAUACUUUAUUCAUUCAACAAAUGCAUAAUGAAUUUGUGCAAAUGAAUACCUACUCUUCCAAGCUUUCUUCCCCCUUCAAGUGCUAAAAAUAGAGUACUGCCAGAGACAGUCCCUGCUCUCAUGGAGUUUAUGUUUUCUGUGUUAAUUGAGAAAAUAACACUGGGAGGGUCUGAGGAACUAGCAUAUGAGUAAUCAUAUUGCGAUUGAAAUCAUUGGGGAAGAAAAACUUUAAUCGAAGAGUUUUUGAAGAGCCAAUUCUGUGAGGCCAACUAAGCUAGCUGUUAGUUAUGAGGACACUGGGGAAACCUAGUCUCUGUCCCAUCCUGGGGUUGAGCACAGAUGGAUUAUUAAUAACCUUUUGGAGGCUCGAUGCUCUCAUCUGCAACAGAUUUGUUACGAGAGUGAAGUGAAGGGGAUGCAUAUGAAGUGCCUGGCUUGAUGCCCAUUGAUGGCCAGGGCUACAUCAGUGUUCUCUUGUGUCACACGCGUGACAGCAGCCUUGAGUACAAAGGGCAGGCUGAGGCACAGUCAUCACGCCUGGAAGGGUUUCAAGCUAAGAAGCAAACAUUCCCGUGUACUUGCACAAAAGGUUCAGUGAAUCAGCACAGUGGAAAUGCAGUGUGUUCCUCUCUCUGCUUCUGAGAGCAGGCUCAGGGCAGAAAUGCUCCAGAUGAGGCUGGCUCAGUAUUUGUCAGAGCAGCGGAGGAGGUUUGGCGCCGUGGCGAUCGUCUUUUCUGUCUUGGGAGAAAUGUUACGGUUUCUCUUUAGAAAGAUUCCCUAUAAAAGGAGGAAUAAACCCAAGCUGUUAACUUGAUUCUUGAGGCUAUUGUUAGGUAUUUUUAUUAUACGGAAGACUUAUAUUGCCUAAUAUUAAAUUGCAGCUAAGCUUAUUGUUGGGGAGGUCUUCUUAAAGAUGGGAGACCCCCUUACCAUGGGAGAGCCUGAGGUAGAAAAUGAAACCAUAUAUGAAAUUAUUUACUGAUAGAAUAUAAAUUUUCAGAGUGGUUAAUUUAAAAAAAUGGUCUCAUAUAUGUUUUAAAAUAGUGUUUCACAGACGAUUAGCCAAAAGAUUUGAAACUGAUGGUGCAUAUUAUUGGAAGACAGGGUCUUUUUUUGAUUUUUUGUUUGUAAAACAAAUUGCCUUUCAAAGGACAUUUCUAUGCUUAAUGUGUAGCAGAGAGAAACAAGUUACUUGGAAAGGUUGGGACUAGGAUAUAAAGAAGAAAUUAGAUCUUUAAAUCUAUUUUUUAUUACCCUGUGAGAAAUGAAUUUAGUAGCCAGUAUUUUGUUUUCCUUUCCAUCUUAGCUACUGAAUAUUUUUAUAACCUAAGUAAAUCCUUCACAUUAAAAUUGUUAUAAGGAUCUGUAAAUUGACAUGAAAACAUGGACAGACCAUCUGAACAUCUCAAAGCCACGCCUCAUCUAGAUCAGGCGCCUUUAUGAAUGAGGUAAGUAGGUGCGGGGUUGUUGAGGACAAAUGUGGAAGAGAUUGUAUUAGAGACAAACAGACUGGUUCGCAGGAACUAACCAAUCUUCAAAUAUUGUUUCUUUCCACUAUUUCAUUUUUAGCUUUCAAAGUGAGUCAUUUGAUUUCCAGUUUUAUAAGAAGAAUUGACUUCCAUAUUAGGCAGGGAUUACUUUUGAAAACAUUUUCCAAAAUUGAUUGUAACCUUGUAAACUCAAGGAUAUUGAAGUGGAAUGUGUACAUCUCAUCUGGACUCUCUAGUUUAUAUGAAAGUUUUACGCCCUUUUCUCUCUUUUUUUUUUCUAUAGCUUUUCAUGGAUACUGCUCCAACAAAGAUCGCCUUUGUUUUGCCAUUCUCUACAGCAGACCAAAGAGUGCAUCAAAUGUACAUUAUUUCAGCAUAGAUAAUGAACUUGAAUAUGAGAACUUCUACGCAGAUUUUGGACCACUCAAUCUGGCAAUGGUUUACAGAUAUUGUUGCAAGAUAAAUAAGAAAUUGAAGUCCAUUACAAUGUUAAGGAAGAAAAUUGUUCAUUUUACCAGCUCUGAUCAGAGAAAGCAAGCAAAUGCUGCCUUCCUUAUUGGAUGCUACAUGGUUAUAUAUUUGGGAAGAACUCCAGAAGAAGCAUAUAGAAUAUUAAUCUUUGGAGAUACAUCCUAUAUUCCUUUCAGAGAUGCUGCCUAUGGAAGCUGCAAUUUCUACAUUACGCUUCUUGACUGUUUUCAUGCAGUAAAGAAGGCAAUGCAGUAUGGCUUCCUUAAUUUCAACUCAUUUAACCUUGAUGAAUAUGAACACUAUGAAAAAGCAGAAAAUGGAGAUUUAAAUUGGAUAAUACCAGACCGAUUUAUUGCCUUCUGUGGACCUCAUUCAAGAUCCAGACUUGAAAGUGGUUACCACCAACAUUCUCCCGAUACUUAUAUUCAAUAUUUUAAGAAUCACAAUGUUACUACCAUUAUUCGUCUGAAUAAAAGGAUGUAUGAUGCCAAACGCUUUACGGAUGCUGGCUUUGAUCACCAUGAUCUUUUCUUUGCGGAUGGCAGUACCCCUACUGAUGCCAUUGUUAAAGAAUUUCUGGAUAUCUGUGAAAAUGCUGAGGGUGCCAUUGCAGUACAUUGUAAAGCUGGCCUUGGUCGCACGGGCACUCUGAUAGCCUGCUACAUCAUGAAGCAUUACAGGAUGACAGCAGCCGAGACCAUUGCGUGGGUCAGGAUCUGCAGACCUGGCUCAGUGAUUGGGCCUCAGCAGCAGUUUUUGGUGAUGAAGCAAACAAGCCUCUGGCUGGAAGGGGACUAUUUUCGUCAGAAGUUAAAGGGGCAGGAGAAUGGACAGCACAGAGCAGCCUUCUCCAAACUUCUCUCUGGUGUUGAUGACAUUUCCAUAAAUGGGGUCAAGAAUCAAGACCAUCAAGAGCCCGAACCGUACAGCGAUGACGACGAAAUCAAUGGAAUGACACAAGGUGAUAGACUUCGGGCCCUGAAAAGCAGAAGACAAUCAAAAACAAACGCUAUUCCUCUCACAGUAAUUCUUCAGUCCAGUGUUCAGAGCUGUAAAACAUCUGAACCUAACAUUUCUGGCAGUGCAGGCAUUACUAAACGAACCACCAGAUCUGCUUCAAGGAAAAGCAGUGUUAAAAGUCUCUCCAUUUCAAGGACUAAAACAGUCUUGCGUUAAGUAAAAACCUAUGACCAGAGGUGAAGGAAGACUCUAGGAACUGAAAACUGCGACAGAAAUUAGCACAAUUUGAAAACAAAACAAAAUUGCAAAAGCCUUAGUUGCUUUCCACCUAAGAAGUUGGCUCAAUGGAGAAAAUGUCCGCUGGAGUUUCAAUAAUGAAUUUGGAGUGUGGGUGCAAGCGAAUGACUCAAAGAAGGGCCCAGCUCUGAAGCUUGACGACAGAAAUGCUGUUGUAAAUCUAGUCUCAGGCGUACAGACCCAAGCCCCCUGGUACCAGAGAGCCGGCCGGUCUGUGGUGCAUGUGUGUCCUUGUGAUGGCAAUCAUUGUAGUCGCUGGCCUUCAGAAGAACUGAGGAUCUGAUGGAGGUUUUUUUAUGUAUUUAUUUUCUGUUCACCUUGUGACCCUGUGUCAAAAUUUAUUAAGUACAAAAGGCAUUACGGAAAUGGUACUUUCUGUAAUUUGAUACUAUCUGGCUUAAUUGUCUUCACUUGACUCUUUGUAAUACUGUUGUAAUGUUAACUCUGUUAAGUACCCAAGCUGCUUGUCUUCCACCAAAGAGUGCUUUAUUAACAAGAAUCUGUGAAAACCACAUUUAAACACUGUUGCAUGUUGUAAUACCAGGUGGUACCUUGGUAACCUAAAACUUGCAAGAGAAUAUUAAUGGUAAAGGAAGACUCAGGAGGAGAAGCUGACUUCAGAGUUGGAAGAUGUUCCAGUCAUUUCUUUCUCUGUCCUUAAGGGACAGAAGAACUGCGAGGUUGCCCAUUGUUUGGUUGCCAGUCAUACAAAUUAAAAUCAUAUUUCCUUCCAUGCCUGGAAAAAACACACUGUUGGUUUUUCCCCUUGGAAACCGCAAUUCCAAAUAAUGUUGGCUUAAAAGAAAAAAGUUACCACUUUUUUAGAGUCCUUCUCUGUAACAUUGGGAUUUUCUUCCUCCUGAGAUCAGCCGAAGGCCAUUGAUGUGGCCUGCGAUCUCAGUGGCAGCGAUCUGCUUCUGGACCUCACUGUUGCCUUUGGUUAGGGAACACAACUAGUAACUCUGCAGAGUGCCUUGUCCCACAGCCGUACUGAAACACAGCAGAGUCUGUGCCAUGAAGCAAUUAUAGAAACAGAGUUGAUUUGCUGCUUUAAAAAAAAAAUGGGGCCCCAAAUAAAAGACUAUUUAGUACCCACCUCAGUUCCUUCCAUAAGAAGUGGGUGGUUUAAUGAUUGUUAACCCAUUUUUGCCUGUGCUGGGAGCAUGGAGGGCCAAGAGGUUGACAGGCAGCGGGAACCAAAUGCCCUCCUAAGCCACAAGGCGUGUGCCAGAUCAGCAGGCAAUUGCCAUUUUAAGAAGCUGCCCUUUUCACAAAACUGCAAGGAAUAAAAGCAGUUGGAAUAAACAGGUUAAUGUCUUUAAUGCAAAAAGUAAUUGAAAGGCAGUGCCUCCAUUUUGGUGUGCUUUAUCGGGAAGAAAGUAUGAAAUUGACCGGUGUCAGGGGAGACGGAAGAUGCCGUUGUCUCAGCCAAACGGGCGACUCUUUCCCCACCAGGCACUACGGGGUGGGGUCAGGCCAGCCUUUAAACACUGGGGACUGGAUCACAGAGAAACAGUGGUGUUCUGUCCCUGGAAAUGAAUAGGCACAAAGACCCACUUGCCUGUGGGAAGACCACUCUUCAAUAAGAUUUGGGUGGCAGAAGGAACAUUCCUUUUGCUGUUUUGAGCUGAGACAAUAUAAAUAUUCAAACCGUGCCAUGCACAAAGCAUUGAAUUCUCAGGGCACCUCUUCUUCCCCUUACCCUUUUUAAGGCCAUCCCCCCCAUAAAUAAUAAUCCAGGUAGUUGUAAAAAUUGCGCUUCUUUCUGAACCCUUCUUAGUUUGGCUUUUCAUCCCAUCAGAACAAGUUAACAUGCAGCCGCCACGGCUCUUGUGAGUACUGUCUUCCUCCCGGUGAACAAGCCUCCUGGUGUUUCGUCCAAGAAAAGGAAGGGCGUCAGCGGAACCACAGUCCUUUUUCAUUUUAUAAGCUGCCUCUUCAUGUCGCCUGCUCAAGUUUCCAGCUACAAUUGCUAUCACUGUGGCUCUUUGUAAAAACCCUUCUAUUUAACUGCCUCACUGAAAUUAGUCAUAGGAAGCUUGUGAUUUGGUGAGGAAGCAUUCCUUAUAAUAACCAAAUGACUUGGGAUGGUUUGCAUAGCAACAGUGUUAUACUUAUGGGGACCACAUCUCUGGAAUCCAGGAAGUCUCUGGGUUUGAGGGAUGGAAAGUUCUUCCUGCUAUGAAUGAGAAUGGACUCUUCCCUUACCCUCAACUGAAACCACAAACACCCAGAAUCUUCUGGGAUUCUGACUUACAGUCCUUGUUAUAGAAGACGUUGUUGCUGUGGAAUAUGAAACUGUGUGUGUCAGAUGGAGAGAUUCCCUUAAGAGCCUUAAAUAGCCCUGAAAGUACACCAGGACAGUUUGCAAAUGGAAUUAUAAUUAGAAGUGAAUAUUUUUAAGUGCCCUUGAAGCUUUCUGGGGACUCAAAAUUAUCAAGAGUCAGGCACAGUCCGGAGGAAGAGCGUCUGCAAAACUGGGUUCCUAGAAGUACGGAUGGAUGUCGCUUUUUGUAGAACUUGGCAGGGAGCAGCACCUUGUGAGAGCAGGUGGCCUGACGUGGCCAAUGCUUCCUGGCAGCACGAGGCUCUGCCAGCCUCCAGAAUUCCCCUGUUCUGAGCUUGAUGCCCUUGGCCUGUCCUUUACCCACUUCCUCCCCUCCCCCUAGCCCUCUCACAAGGGUGAUUGCUACCUCUCUCUUUUCUUGGGCCGAGCAAAUUUUAGAGGAGUUCCCAAGCUUUGUCACGAGGCCAGUGUGCGGAUGGCCUGGGCUUGUGUGUGGCCCGAGGGCUCUUCUGGGGCCUUCCCUCUUCCCAGUCACCUUCGGAGCCACAGGAGCCGUGCACUCAUUGGAUGUCUGUUCUUAACAUAGGUCAACUGCUUCUCUUUCUACAUUUUAAAAAAUCGUUGUAUUUUAGAAAGCAGUGCUCAUCAAAAGCAACUUUUAAAACCUAUUUUAUCAUUCCUUUAAUAGUUAUCUCCCGCUGAAACUGCCCUGGGGAGGCUAGCUGCUGCUCUUCCAUUCUCCACAUCAGGGUAUUCUCCACAUCACUGAGUGGAGAUGCGUCCAGAUGUGUUUAAAGACUGGACAAUUCACCUAUACUGUGUAGGAAAUUACCUCCUUAAUUACCUGGUAGAAUUGUUAGCAGACAUGUUCAUCCGAUGGUAGUACCGCAGUUUUCUAUUAAUAAUUUGCAGACUUUUAUCUAACCUGCACUCAUGUACAGAUUAUUAAAAGUUUUGAAAUGUAACUGAUCAGUAUUGAUCAGUCAUUGUCUUGAUUUUUUUUUUACAGUGUAUAUUUCUAAUCAUGUUUUUUAAAGCCAAGAGAACUGGUUGAAUGAAUGUUUAUUUUCCUGAAGGUAUUUUUAAGAUAAAGCUUCCUAAUGGCCUGUAAACUUUGCAUAUAUAGGUAGUUUGAUACAUACUGUCACAUUUGAAAAUCUUGUGAGUUGUAACUGGUUUUAUACAAAAUAUCAAACAAUGGAAAUUGUAUAAUUAUAAUCAUGUAAUUAAAAGUAUUAACCAAACGGUC